AUGGUCAUGGGAGGAGAGAAGAGGAAAUCUAGUUUCAAAACCCUCCUAGCUAAGGGAAUGAAGAGGAAAGGACCUCACUUGCCCAACUCAAUACUCGAGACUAUUGCGAAUGAGAGACGUCCUAAUUUGAACUCUGACGAAGAAGACGAUAAGAUCGAUUUUGAUGACGGGAAUGGCGUCCAUGUGUACGAGUACGAAGAAGGUGUGCCUGAAGAGGAAUCUAGGAAAAACAACCGCUAUGACCGCGUCGAUAACUACGAAUUCGAGCUUCCCGAGUAUUUCGAGGUAUUUGUUACACUCUUUACUUUACCUUCUUUUCCAAUGAAGGAUGAAAAUGUGGAGUCAGAAGAUGAUGACGAUAGUGAUGAUGAUAGACGGCCUUUGAAGAAACAGCGACACACACGGAUGUUGCAAGCUGUCACUGGAAUGCCAAGUUCAGCUUUUGAAGGAGAGAGUAAGAGCAAACUUGUACUCUUCUCUGAAACAUAUCCAGAGUCUGAAUUCAAUCCUCCCCGUGACGUUCUGGAGGGUAAAAACCUUAUCACUGUGGAAGACUUAUUGGCGCCUCUUGAAGGAAAACCUGGGUAUCACCAAUUAAGCAAGAGAAUCAGAGAUACUCGAUCUCUUGUCCAUGCUCCUCUGCCAAAGCCAGAACGAGCAAGACUGGUACGGAAAGCAGUGAAAGGAGUAGUUGCCAAGGGGCUUAACAAGUGGAUGCCUCUGGUAACGAGGAACAGGGAGGCGCCAACUGUUUACUUUAACCAAGAUGUCGAUGUUGGAUACUCUACAGUUGGUGCAAUAGCAUCAGAAUUUCAGCCCAGGACUGAAUUUGAGAAGAUAAUGGCUUCUGUACUCAAUGAUAACGAGGUCCGGGAGGCUCACAAAGAAGAUGGCGCUAGGCUUCUCCAAUUGAACGAGGUUUCUAUGGAAGACCACAUCAAGUUCCGUAACCACAUGGAUAAGAUGAGGAGCGUGCUCUUCCGUGAUGAGCUGAAAAGUAAACGAAUCAAGAAGAUUAAGUCUAAAACCUAUAAUCGCCUUAAAUACAAAGACCCGAAGAAAUCGGGAGUGGAAGCAUCAAUGGACCCAGAAGUGGCUAAAAAAGAGGCUAUGGAGCAGGAGGCUAGACGAGCAGUGGAACGCGCGACGUUAAGGCACAAAAACACAAGAAAAUGGGCCAAACGCACGGUAAGACUAAGACUGGAUGUGAAAUACGAUGGAAAUCGGGCAGCUUUAUCUGAACAACUUCAGAUUGGCGCUACUUUGUCAAAAAAGAUGAACUCCACAAAAGAUGGAAGUAGUAGUGAUGAGAGCAACAAUGAAGAAGAACUGAAUGAUGGUUCAGAUCAGGAUACUCCUUCUAAAUUGAUAGCAAAAGCAAAAGAGAAGACACUGAAAACUGCGGAAGAUGAUGAUGUGCCCAUUUCUGGUCUGUCAUUACCUUUCAUGGCUCGUGCUAUGAAAAAGAAAAAAGAGGGAGCUAAACGUGCACUUGAGGAGUGUGAAGAGUGGGAGAACUCUGGUGGAGCAAAAAACCCAAAAAAAUACGCUCAUGUUGGUGAUAGAAGAGAAUUUGGUGCAGCAGCUAAAGUCGAAGCUUCAAUAGAGUCUAAAAAGGAAUCAGACAACUUUUUUAAUAACAGUGAUAGUGACAGUGAUGAUAUGGAUGACAUAGAAGAUAAUGACUUGAAGGCUGUAAAACAUAAUGCUUCACCUGCUAGAAACACGGGAACCAUAACGGAAACCCAGAAGUUGGAUGAUGUUGCUGGAAAUCCAGCAUCUAAGACUAAGACAACAUUUGAUGUUGCCUUAUAUGCAUCAGGCUCCUGGAAGAAGAUGACAGGCUGCAAAAAUGCAGAAUCCAAAAAAGCUUCAAAGACGCAUGUACCAAUUUCACAGGCCCAAGAUAAAAAGGAAUCGAGAGAUGAAGAAAGUGAUGAUUCAGAGAGUGAAGCAGAGAAAAUGGUCGAUGGGGUUUUGACAUCUGCUUCAAAAGAAACCUAUGAAAUUCCUUCUCAAGCAGAGCUUAUAAACCGUGCUUUUGCGGGUGAUGACGUCAUAGAAGAAUUUGAGAAGGAUAAGCGAGCGGUACUAAAUCAGGAAGUUCCUGAACCCGAAAAACCGGUUCGACAUCCUGGUUGGGGACAAUGGACCAAUGUCCACAACAAGAGAGGUUCUUCUUCACGGAUGGAUAGGGUACACGAAGAUGCCAAGAAAAAGAGAGAGCAAGCUCUCGAAACAAGGAAAGACGCUGGUCUCAAACAUGUUAUCAUAUCAGAAAAAGUCGAUAAAAAGGCUGAGAAACUUCAUACAAAGACACUACCUUUCCCUUACACAUCGAAGGAAGUUUUUGAACAUAGUAUGCGUAUGCCUAUAGGACCUGAGUUUAAUCCCACGACUAUUGUUGGAGAACUAAACCGACCGGAGGUUGUGAAGAAAGCUGGGGUGAUCAUUAAACCUGUCAAGUUUGAGUAAGUAGGUCCUAAUGAGAAAGCAGAUGAGGAACACCCUCGAAGCCAUCAGAAACAAAGACCCAAAUAG